AUGCAGCCAACGACUACGGCAUAUCAAACGGCACAGGCCCGACAAGAGAGUUUUGAGCGGGCCCGCAUAAUUGGAACUAGUCUCAAGUCCAGAGCCAAAAAGAACUUCCUGAGCUGGCCCCAUGAGACUCCAGGCGUAGACGAGAUGGCGGCAGCCGGGUUCUUCUUUGCACCAACAAAAGAAAUUCACGACAGAGUAGAGUGUUUUUUCUGCCACCAAAGCUUUUCGCAGUGGCAGGAGGACGACGAUCCUGCGCUGGAGCACGUCAAGCUUUGUCCAAACUGUCCUUGGGCAAACCUUUGUUCGAAAGUUGCCGCUGAAUGGGCGCAAAGUGUCGGUACCGAUACCCUAGCAGGAACCGAACAUGAUCCGUAUUCUACUUCGAAUUAUGAGGGUCGCCUAGGAACGUUUGUCAAUUGGCCCUACGAAAAACGAAGAGGGUGGAAGCCCAAAAGCACAUUGCUGGCCCAAGCUGGGUUUCAUUUUGUACCUCAAUGCCAUAACGAUGAUACCACUGAGUGUGCACUCUGCGGCAUAACCUUGAAUGGCUGGGAGCCCCGCGACGAUCCCAUCAAUGAGCACCGUCGACGGCGGCCAGAUUGUUUAUUUUUCCUUUCUGCACCAAAGGAGGUGAAAUGGAGCGCAAACACGUCGCCGAAAAAGAUCAUGAGGAAAAGACCAUCUCCUGUACUUGAGGACCUUACGCAAAGUAUUGAUAUAACAGCUGAUGCCCAUGGAACACCAUUGGUGGAAAAGCACUCGGCGUCUGUGUUGGUGACCGAACAAGAAGAGCCUAUGCAGCUGGACGCACAGGACAUUUCUGUCAGUCCUAAAGUCUGUAAGCAGUUGGAACUGCAAAAAGCCCUUGAGCCAGAGGUGGAGCCAGAGGUUAAGCAAGUGGUGGAGUCAGAGAUGGAGCCGGAGGCAGAACCAGAAGUCGAGCCAGAGGUUGAACCAGAGGCAGAACCAGAGGUCGAGCAAGUGGUGGAGUCAGAGGCGGAACCAGAGGUCGCGCCAGAGAUGGAGCCAGAAGUCGAGCAAGAGGUGGAAACAGAAGUCGAGCUAGAGGUCGCACCAAAAGUUGCAACUGAAGCGUUACCUGAAGUUGCAGCACAAGCGGUUGAACUUGCAAUAGAAUCUGUUUCUGGAGCUCCUGAGAUACGCGAAGUGAGCGAAGCUGAACUAGAAAUGGAACAAGAAACGCCAGUUGUGCCCAAAGCAGAGCUUGAGGCUGAGCAUAUAGCCGACCCAACCACAGCACAAAAAGAUCAGGUCUGUCCAGACGGUGAGGUAGCUCCAGCUCAUGAAAUUAAACGCGAGACAGCUGUUGAAACCGCAAUUGAGGUAGAAGAAUGCGCCAACCCAGAAAUCAGCCAACUCGAGUCAACAAAUGUCCAAAUUUUGCAUGCGAGCGAACCAGCAGCCAUAGAUCUGGCCCCAGAAUGCGAUCCAGUUAGGGACCAAGAUGAAAUUGACAUCACACAUCACUCGCAUGACGCUGAUGUGUCUAUCAACGCAACCCAUACAUCUAGGAUCCCGCAACUAGAAUCCUCUACAUUCUACGAGAACAUUGAGGACUUUAAAAUUAUCAAGAAAGAUGUGUCGAGGUUCUCCUUAGGUAUAUCAGGAAUCGACCCCGCACUUCAGGAGAUCGGCUCUGGAGCAAACGACCAUGCUAACAGCUCGCAGUUUAAACCUCGCGAAAUUGUUGACCUAGCAAAUGCAUCUCAUAUUUCAGCUGCCGACUUCUCUAUGGUAGCCGGUGAGCGCUCAAUCGAGGUGGAGAAUAGCCCCGAAACAACUUUGAGACUCAAGCGGUCAACUAGUGUUUCUGAUGGAAAUGAGACAAAACGGGCUCGAAAAUCAUUGACUUCGGAAAGUAGCGAGUUUGCUACUGCGCCGAGUUUGCUUGAACCUGCAGAUGUCUCAAAAGGUCCUGACACAAAUAAGGCAGACCAGUCCACGGCAAAACGUAGCUUCCUGGCUGCUUGGAUGCACUCCACACCGUCUGCGUUGAAAAAUGCUUUGUCGCCACGUCGCUUGUUUGGCCAGGCCAAAAUGAUCCUGCCAUCCCCGCUAGGAGGUCAGGCCGAAGCCAAGCCUAGCCCCGCAGACUGCACUUUCGCCGUCAACAAUCCUGAGUUCUCCAUGAUUGGUGCUCAACUUACAAAUGACCCUGAGCCGGUAAAAGAAAUCGAGAAAGCUCCAGAGCUGGAUAUAAGCAGCUCUUCAAUAGACACUGUCGACGAGACACUGAUCUUGCCUUCACUCGACUCACUUCUAGACAACCUGGGUGGUCUAACUUCAGACACGCUUUCCGAGCUUGCCAAAAGAAAGAAUGGUCUAAGUUCACGUCAAUGGCUGGAAAUGGUUGCCGACCAAGUAACGGCGGUUAUGAGCAAAAACACAGACUGUUUGGUCGCCGAACUGGAAAAGCAACGCCAACUGGCAAUACAAGCAGUUUUGCGAAGAUGA